ACCUCUGGGGCACGUACGCCGGGGGCGUGGCCCCAAGGGCAACGCAGCCCCGCCCGAGCUCCCUUGCCGUUAAGGCGAGGCGGGGGCGGACCCCCGCCAAGAGGCAGCUCACUGAGGCGGUGCGCAACUAAUGAUGGCGGCCUGGGCGCGGUCCCACCACCCUGGGCCCUGACUGAGGGGCGCGGGACGGCCCCCCCUCCCAACACGCAGACCGCUUGUGGCACGAGGGAACUCGCGAAGGGACCGCGGCAAGACCACAGCACGAAGUCUCUUACAGUCUAUUUAAAAAGAUGGCCACGUUUGUCAAAUCGUGAUAGAAGACCUUGAUGAAACCACAUUAGUAGAAGAGAGAGAGAAGAAAAAAGAGCGUCCACCUUCACCCUCUCCGUCCCCUGCACCAAAGAAGAAUGUUGAUGAAACCCCACUGAUGAACAAAAAAGAAAAAAAGACAAAGAGAAAAGAGCCUCCACCUUCACCCCUUCCAUCCCCUCCACCAAAGACAGACGGCAAUUUAAUUUUAAUUGUGGUUGAGGAUUCCGAAGAAGAAAUUAGGUUGAAGCAGAAGCAGCAGCAGCAGAAAAAAGAGAAAAAUAUAAAAGAAAGAAUAAAAGCAGCCAAGAAGAUUCAGGCCUGGUGGCGUGGCACCCUAGUACGCCAGACAUUGUUACACGCAGCCCUCAGGGCCUGGAUCAUUCAGUGCUGGUGGAGAAUGACAAUGGACAGGCUGCGGCAGAAGAAGCGGAGGGCAGCCCUGAUUUCCUACGCACACACAGAGAGGGCAGUGGUCAAGCUCCAGUCUUUGGUCCGUAUGUGGCGCAUCCACUGGCGAUACUGCCAGGUGCUCAACGCCAUUUACAUCAUCCAGUACCACUGGCAAUGCCACAACUGCCAGACCUGUGCUCUUCUCCGGGGCCACUGUGUAGUCACAGCCACUCACCUGCAGUUCCACAUUGAAAUCAUCAACCCCUAAGGGAUGGCAAGAAGCGGCACUGUCUCCUGUCCUCAGUAAAGGUCUAACCUGAUCUGGUAUGUCUCAUGGUCUCCCGCCAGCUAAUGGAAAUUUUAGGACUUAAGCCAUGCUGCCUCCUCUUCUCCCUGGCAAAGAACUUUAGUGAGGUUUUCCCCUUGUGCCCAUGAACCCUGUUCUGGACUGACAAUUCCAUAUGCUACUUACUUAGUUGUCAAAACAGAAACCGAGGUCCUAAUCUAAUAUAACAGAGCCAGAAGUCCAAGUUCCCAUCCCCAGCCCCAUUCCUUUCUUCUCGCCGGGAAUCUGCGAGACAGGUGAGCUACAUCUUCCUGAAGACUUUGGGUACCUCUGCACAUGAGAACAGAUAGUGAGGGUCUUCUCUUUCCGCCUGCAGUUGGGGAUUGACUGGGAUCUCAGAUGCCUCAGACAAGGUAUCUUUGGCAAUCACCUAGUGAAAAGGCCAGCAUGUGGCUGACUCUUCUGGUAGCAGUGCAGUGCAGCCCCAGGUAAAGGACAGGAGGCCGGCCUUAGUGACAGAUGUGACUGGGCAUGCUGACGAGCAGGUGAUGACCCUGGGGACUGGUAGAAAACAGGAGUUCGUGGCACUUCAACUCCAUCUUCACAAUUCCCUUACCAGAACUCCUCUCCCUGAGGGCUGUGUAGCAAACAGGGCUCCCCCUGAUAUUACCCCCAUCCCUACUCUUGUCUCCAUUCUCACUCCCAUGGUCAUACUAAAGCAGUGCUAUACUCGGUAGCAAUUUCUGUGAUGAUGGAAAUGUUCUGUAUCAGUGCUGUCCAAUGUGCUAGCCACUAGCCACACAUGGUUGUGGAGCACUUGAAAUGUCCCUGGUGCAACUAAAGAAUUGAAUUUUAAAUUUUAUUUAAAUUAAUUUAUGUUUAAAUAACCACAUAUGGCUAGUGGCUAUUCCAUUGAAUAGUGUGGCUCUGGACCUUACCAUUACCAAUCAGUGUAC